AUGGAAGGUUUGUUUAUUCGGGUUGUGUCGGGUAGCCCUAGGCAGAGACAUUCGGAUGUUGAAAAUACAACACCCGAGUACACCAUCCUAUGUGCUCAGACGCCAAAUGCAGCGGAUCGCAUCACGCAACUGAUGAACCGCUUCCGAACGUCUACCGAGGCAAGCUCUACUCAAACCAUGAUCUACCUCCUUCAGACGUGUGUUGGGACAGAUGUACCACCCGACGAGGUGGAGAACAUAGUGGAGACAUUGGUAGGGUUCGCAAACGAGCAUCCGAUGUGGACAGACACCAUCCAGUGGAUCUGCGCCUUUGUACACUAUUACUGCACCGACGAGUUCACCGUUUCUCUGUUUUCUGAAUUUGAAGUGCCUUCCGUCGCGGUUCGAGCACUGAAGGAGGCACCACAAAACAGCCAUCUCGUACUUGCUGGAUGUACCCUGUUGUCGCACUUCAACCUAUAUCCUAUUGGAGACGGAAUAUCUCAGCUGACGCGCGCUCUCUCUAUGCACAGCAAGGAUCCCUUGGUAUGUAAAGCGGCGUGCCGUGCUCUCGCUGAGUUUACAUCGUACGUUGUUGAGGCUCCGAAUCUUUAUGUCACGGCGAAUAAGGAAUUUGUUGGGGCGGGUGGCAUUGACGUUCUCGAAAGUGUAUUGCAUGAACAAAUAGGCGACGAGGAGACAACUCGAUACGUGGCUCGAAUUGCCGCUAACGCCAUAGGUUCAGGGGAGCCGAAUACUUUGGAGCCGGAUUUCAAGGUUGUAAUGUAUUUGGCGGAGGCACUCGAACGAUAUUCCGAUUCAGAGCAGCUCUGUAGCUGUACUCUGCGUGUCUUUAGCGUUUUUCCGUCUUCACCGUAUGUUGACAUGAACGCUAUAGCAUCGUUAUUUAAAAACACCGAGUCGGAGGCAGUUGCUAUAGAAGCUAUUCACUUCCUAUGCAGUGUGGCGAUGAGUGUGAAGACUCUGAAGCAGCUAAUUCAUACAACUGGUUGCGUGCAGCGGGUGCUGGAGGUUAUGCGGAAGUAUGCGGGAAAUGCUUCGAUACAGGAGUACGCCUGUAGUCUGCUAUCAUACCUUUCUUUUGACUCCGAGACGAUAACCUCUUUCAUAACGGAUGCGAAUGGCAUCAUUCUCGUCCUUGCAGCAAUGCGAAACUUUCCUGAGUCAGAGGACUUGCUUGUUUCUGCUUGCGCUGCUCUAAGUGGCUUGACGUUUAACAAUCUCAAGGGCCAAGAGGUUAUCGUCUCGGAAAAGGGCGUUGCUCUGAUUCUGGAGGCGAUGGGCCGCGGGAAAAGUGCUCGACUACAAGACAACGGCUGCCUGGCGCUUGGGACCAUGUGCUGGAACAGUGAUUUGAAGGCCGACGUGAUACGCUACGGCGGCGUGCAGAUGAUCAUGAGGGCACUGGCGGCGCAUUACACAAACGCUGGUCUUGUAAAAAAUGCAUGUCGUGCUUUGGCGCAAGUUGCUUUUAACUGCGAGGCCUACCGUGAUGACAUGCACGCAAGCGGAGUUAUACCACUGAUUAUGAAGGGAAUGGCUGAGCACCCGAACUAUGACCGUGUGCAAAUGCACGGUUGUGUGGCUUUGUCUUACCUUUCCUGGAAUAAUGAGCAGAAUUCUGCGCAGAUAAUAUCGAACAACGGUUAUGCUGUUAUCAUUAACGCGAUGCGAAACCAUGCACAUAAUGCUGAAGUUCAGGAGCAUGCUUCGCGUGCUCUCGCAAACAUUGGGGGAGUCCGCUCGGAUGAGCUCACACCAGCAUUGGAGUUAAUAAUUGGGGCUAUGCGGCGUCAUGAACAUGUGAGUGAGGUUCAGGAGGAAACUUGUCGUGCCAUAGUCACCCUCUCACUAAUUUCGACGUCUUACAAAGAUAAACUGUUUGAGCUUGGUGCUGCCGAAUGUGUUGUGACUGCUAUGCACAACUUUCCAUCUACCCAAGUGGUGCAGCAGGAAGCAUGCAACGCGUUGGCUCACCUUGCAUACGAACACGCCAAUCUUAACCGAGCAGUGACAGAACUCAGUGGAGUGGAGGUACUUUUGAGAGCGAUGAAGACGUACGUAAAUGUGCCAAAAAUACAACUAAAUGCGUGUGGAGGCCUUAGCGCCCUAGCUUUUGACAACACCAUAGCACAGAAGCAGAUCUACGACCUUGGGGGUGUAGCGUGUAUCAUACGAGCCAUGGAGAACUUCGAGCGGCUGCGCAUGCUGGAGUUGGGUUGUUCUGUGCUCGGGACGCUUGCAUGGAACUCUGAGAUAAAGGAAAGCGUUGCCGUGGUGGCAAUCCCUGAAAUUCUGAAGGCUAUGCGAGUGCAUCACGACAGCCCACUACUCCAAAAAUCUACGUGCCGUGCAAUUUCCCAGUUCGCGUUUAACUCGGAGAGUAAUCGUAAACUACUGGCCGAAUCUGGCGCCAUACCGUUAAUCGUCCUUGCCAUGCGCACACACGUUACCACAGACAAGCUUCUCGUGCACGGAAUAAAGGCUUUGACAUAUCUCUGUUGGGAGAAUUCCCAGGUCGCAGAGGCUAUCAUUAGUGAGGGUAUCGAAGAGGUUCUCCAACACGUUAUUGACACAUAUCCGGCGUCUACACGGGUUUAUGGUGAAGCUGCCCAUCUAUCCAAGAUUCUUUUCCGCAAAGUUACGGGCAGCCCAAACCCGAGUGUACGCGUCUAUUCCCCACCGGUAUUCUCGCCUGUUUCCGUGUCACAGACCCCGGGGUCUGCCGUCACUCGCACAGAUACCGCCAUGUUGCUGAGCCCACCCUUGCGGGACGCGUCCGAUGUUGGGCAUUUUUACGGUCGCCACUCAGAUACAGGCCGAAAGGAUGAUUGGCAUCCCGCUGAAUAUCAGAAGUCUCCGAAACUAGAGCACCAGCAACAAAGACAGCAACAUCAACGAAACAACCGUGGGGAUAAGGAGACACAGGGACCCGGUGAGACGAGGGGUGAAAUUGACGGAGCGGGUCGCAGGCGCCGCAACCGGCGUCGAGGAGGAGGAGGAGGAGGAGGGGGGGGCGGUGGCCGCUUUGACAGACCCCCCAAUCAGUGCGAACCCCCAGGCGCACUCGUUCGUGAUUCCCCCGAACGUCGCACCGAAGUUCACAAUACCUGGUCCCCGCGACGGGACGGUGGGUCUUCUCGUCCGCUGUCUCCUGACGACCUAUGGGAUGACCCCCACCCGAGCACAUACCAUGGGAAUCGUGAGCUCGGGAAUCUCAGCUGGCAGCAGGUGCAGCUUACUCGUCAACAGGAGGAGCGACACGUGACUUCAGGCGAUAGGUCAUAUCGUGGAGGGGGAGGUGGGGGACGGGGUGGAAGAAGGUAUCCAAACCCGCGAGGUAAUGCCCCUACUCGUGGACGUGGUGAUAGUAGAAGGUGCCAGUAA